UCGCCUUACGCGUUAACACAGCUGAGCGGCGAUGACUCAAGCAAGCCAUCGGUGUCUAUGAAACAGACGCAACAGCUGCUUUCCCACACCAUUCAUUCGGAAGGGAAUACUCGAACCGACACGGUCGAAUGCUAAGACUGCCUUAAAUCAAGACAUCCUUUUUAUUCAUUUUUGUAAAAUUCUUUCAAUCCAUCGGUAUCUAAGCACCACAGCAGGAAGGGUGUGUUGAUGUCUGCGCGGGGGCUGUUGCUGCGGCAAUGCGUGCACUCUGCCCUGGGCCGCGGAGUCCUGAUCCUGGUCAUCUUACCAGCCCUCGCCACAGGUAAGCAGUGGAACAACUGCAGCCACCCCAUGGUGCCGGAGCACGGCGGCUUCCGCUGCGACCCCUCCCCCUGCCGCGGCUUCCCGCCGAAGAGCACCAUCCACUACUUCUGCGAGCCGGGCUACUCGCUGCCGCCGCGCGUGCACAGCUCCCGCUGUCGCCACGGGCGAUGGAGCCCCAGCGUGCCCACCUGCGUCCCCAACCCAGGUGGACGCACUAACACGGAGGACAGGACGCAGAACUCUCUCCCUAGCGUUGCUACGACAGCCGUGGGCGUUUCCAUCUUCCUGCUGACCACCACCGCCUGCAUGGUGAUCAAGUCCCGCCUCUACCCCUGCCACUCACACAGCCGGCGAUCUUCUGACCAGAUGGAUCUGAUGGUCGACGGCUUGCCCGUGUCCCUCCCCACCUACGAAGAGGCCAUGUACGGGAGCUGGGGCCAGCGCCUCCCGCCCUGUCGGGGACCCACCCAGCUCCUAUUGGCUCAGGAGUCUCCGGGGAGUGACUCGGUGUCGUCUCACGUCCAAUCGGAGCCGGGCAGCCCUCACCAGAGCGCAGAGCUGCCGCCGCCUCCGUACGAAGAGAUUCCGUCGUGUCCGAGGGGCGCUCACAGUGAGGAAAGCAGACGGGCGCGACAAAUCGAACUUCCUGUUGAAAAGGACAAUUAGAUUUUAGCAUUCUCUAAUCGUAGAGGGAUGAUCAAGCAAUGAUCUACUAAUUGUAAAUCCUGUGUCCUGAGGACCUAGUGCCAUGACUGCAAUCACAGUGAUGUGGAUUUUGAAGUCUGCCAGUGGAGCCUUUAUUUACCCGACCACUGCUUUCUGAAGAGUCCAUUUUGCUGGUGGCUGUGGAUAGUUCUGUGUGGUGGGAGACCAGUGACCCAUAACCGGCCUUCCCACAGUGAAGCUGCUGGCCCACGGGGACGCAACCACCAAAUCAGCACGAGUAGAUUUAUUUCUGAUUCUGAUACCACUUUACGUUUCCAGCGGACUGCUGGGAACAUGGACAUUGUUAUCCUGUUAAGGAUGGUAGAUAAUAUGAUGGUUGCGGGGGGGGGAUUUUGUGAUUGUAUGUUUGUAUGUCAUAUUGAGUGACCUGUGUCUGUGUAUCAGUUCCUCGGGGGAGACCUGACUUGUAGAGUGAAGUGUACACAGACACUUGGCUGUCGCCAGCUUUCCAUCACGGGUGAUACCAGUGUGCGUGUGGCUAAUCUGAGCUACCGGUGAUAAGCCUGAUGAUGCUGCAGGAAGUGGGCGGGUCUGGGACAGGAAGAGAGGCACCAACACGGAGGUGCGGUGGAGUCCUGGGGUGAAUCUCUCCAUAUCUGUGGGGGCAAAGCGGAAACAAACCGCAGGUAGAUGGGGUAACAACACGGUGACUGGCUCAGAAGAGUUUCUGAGUCGCACUUCAACCAAAUCUUUCCCCGGCACGAGCCAGCAGGCUUGGUCUCCUGACAUAUUUUUGUCUGCUUUUACCACUCACUGCUUAUAAUGAUUG